UUGCUGCUCCUUAAAACCAACCAAACAUCAAAAAGGCUCCACAUCUCAUACACAACACAAAUCAAGCCAAAUCGGUAGUCGGCGUUUCACAUUACAAUUUUUUUUAGCUCUUUCUUUCGUUUAUAUUUUUGUUAAUAUAAACUUCAUCAUCGUUUGGUCUGUUUGAUUUCUGUUUGAUUUUUUCUUCUCCAAUCCAUUUUUCUAAUUUUAAUUUUCACAUCUUUAGAUUUUCUUCUCAGUUUUUUUUGCUGAUUUCAUCAAUCUUAAUUGUCAAGAAUUCUACUCUGGUUUUUUUUAUUCAUCAAUUCCUUUUUUUAUACUAUCAAAUUCUUAUUUCAUACGUAUUUUUCUUCUUUUUGUCGGUUUCGAAGACAGGUGCUAGUCUGUGUUUGGACUGCAUCUUCAUCUUUUUUUUUCUUGAAGAAAACGUUUCGUUCAUAUUGAUUGGUGAAAUACAAAAAAAAAGAAAAACGAACGAAAAUGUCUCAAAUACUUCCAAUCAAAUUUCAGGAACACCUCCAGUUAACCCAGAUUGGUAUCAACCAAUCGAGCAUUAGUUUCAAUAUGCUCACUAUGGAGAGUGAUAAAUUUAUUUGUAUUCGUGAAAAAGUUGGUGAUUCAUCACAAGUGGUUAUUAUUGAUAUGGCAAAUCCAACAACACCAAUACGACGACCAAUAUCAGCCGAUUCAGCCAUCAUGAAUCCAUCAACAAAAGUGAUUGCAUUAAAAGCACAACGUACAUUGCAAAUAUUCAAUAUUGAAAUGAAAUCAAUGAUGAAAGCACAUACAAUGGAAGAAGAAGUUUUAUUCUGGAAAUGGAUUAAUGUUAAAACAAUUGCAUUGGUUACUGAAACUGCUGUUCAUCAUUGGUCAAUGGAAGGUGAUUCUACACCACAAAAAGCUUUUGAUCGUCAUGCAUCAUUGAAUGGUUGUCAAAUUAUUAAUUAUCGUGCUGAUCAUCAAGCUAAAUGGCUUGUUUUGAUUGGUAUUUCAGCACAGAGCAAUCGUGUAACUGGAGCCAUGCAACUUUAUUCUGUUGCUCGAAAGGUUAGCCAACCGAUUGAAGGACAUGCCGCUGCUUUUACAACAUUCAAAUUGGAAGGAAAUACUGAACCAUCAAAUUUAUUUUGUUUUGCCGCUCGUACAGCUGCAGGUGGAAAGGUAAUAAGAAAAUUUUAUGAUAUAUAAUAGCUUCAUAUAGUUGAAGUGGGUACGGCACCAACCGGCAGCAAACCAUAUCCAAAAAAACAAGUUGAUGUAUUUUUUCCACCAGAAGCACAAAAUGAUUUUCCUAUUGCUAUGCAAAUGUCACCUAAAUAUGAUAUAAUCUAUUUGAUUACUAAAUAUGGUUAUAUUCAUUUAUAUGAUGUUGAAUCCGGUACUUGUAUCUAUAUGAAUCGUAUUAGUGCUGAUACUAUUUUUGUUACGGCUCCAUAUGGACCAACUAGUGGAAUUAUUGGUGUAAAUCGUAAAGGACAGGUAUGA